GCAUAAACAGCUGACUUUGACGCGAAACGAUUUUGUUUUGGUUGAUUCACCUUAAAAUUUCGUAGAAAAAUCGUAUUUUUUUUUCAUUAUUUGCGAAAGUUUUGUCGCGGAAUCGUUCCAACAGCUACAACUAGUCAUCUCGAUUGAGUUCCCUCAAAAUGGCAACCAUCCAGGACCUGCCGGAUGAAAUACUGGAAUUCAUCAUGAGCCUGCUUCCGCCGUACGAGGAUUUGGACCAGUGCACCAUCGUCUGCAAACGAUGGACCUCCCUUGCCACCAAUGUUCGCAGUAGGAAGAAAGCCAGCCUCCAAAAGGGGCUGCUCGAUUUCAACCUUUGCUGGAGGGAGGAACUUUUUCUAACGGAACCGAGAAUUUCAGCUCGUUUUGCUCAUGCCAGUGCGCUUCAUCGCAAUUCAAUGUACGUCUUUGGGGGUGCUUCGUCAUAUGAUACCACUUUCAACGAUUUGUGGCGAUUCGAUUUGAGUCGAAGGGAGUGGAUUCGACCCAUUUCGAAGGGUACCUAUCCUUCUCCAAAAGCCGGGGCUUCUCUGAUUAGCCACGGAGAUCAACUCGUACUUUUUGGGGGUUGGCGAUACUCGUAUACGCCCUUUCAGAUGUGCACCCUCUUUGACGAGCUGCAUUGCUACAAUAUUGGGGAGAAUAGAUGGACAAUCCAUGUACUAGCGUUUGGGCCGCCACCCAUGACCGGUCACUCGGUAACAAUCCAUCGGAAUAAGAUGAUCGUUUUUGGGGGUUACCAAAAAAUACAGGAAGUUCUUGGAGCUUCCAACGAUUUGUGGAUUUUGGACUUAGAAAAUAUGGUUUGGAAGCAGCCUAAUGUGUCGGAUUUGAAACCUCCUUCUCGAUACGGGCAGUUCCAGAUGCCCAUCGGGGAUGAUUUUAUUCUGGUGAUUGGAGGAACCGGUGGCGUAAACAGAAUUUUCAACGAUGCUUGGCUCUUAGAUAUGCGUGGAAAAGUUUGGCGUUGGCGUAGCGUCCAGAUUAAGAACAAAAAAGGUACCGUGACGCACAAUUGGAGCUACCCUGCCUGCAGCAUCGGAAAGAAAGUAGUUGUGCUCGGUCCAACAUCGCCGAAUGAUUUUCAAAUAGUCAGACAACAUAGGGCUGCUCACGCUUUACCCCCAAAUAUGGGACGUGCUAGACCUCCGCCAAAUGCCGGAGAACGAGCUCGUCACGGUGCUGCACCUAAUAUCCCGCCUAGGCAAAACCUCCCAAGGCCACCUGCCCCACCCCCUCCUCCAGCUCCAGUUGUCCCAGCUGUUUCAGUCCCAAGUUCAUCUCGACAACCGCCGGAACCUCGACCUGGUCCAUCCGGCCUUUCCCCUUCAUCUAGCAGCAGCAGUCCCCAGCAACCUCCGGCUAUUGCUGGUCCUUCGAGACCUUUGCCCUCUAUGCGCAGCCCCAUUUUUCGGCACCAGGACGAUGACCACUUGCUCCCGAAAAGAUUUAACCAAUCGCCGCCAGAACCCGGUCACAUGGCUAUGGCCGCUUUCAGUGUCCCCCCGACAAAUCCUCCUCCACAGCACGCUUCCCGAGAAAGGCAACUGGAAGGACUCCGCAAAAUGGAAGAGAAGUUUUCGGCCAUGCGCCGCGAAAAGGAACAACGUGAGCAACAAGAAGCCGCCGCUGCAGCUGCAGCCAAAAGCGCAGCCGAAGCCGUUACCCCGAAGCGAAUCAAGCGAAACGGGCUAGCCAUCUAUGUUUGUGAUUUAUCCGGUUUGAUCAGCGACGGUAUUAUUCAAGAGCCUCCAGUGAUCGAGUGGCUGGACACCAGAAAUAACGGGCUGAUAGACGGGGCACCGGACCAUUUCACCUUCUCUACCAUGGUCAGCGGAAAUGGAGAGCUGAUCGUGUUUGGGGGUUUCAACAAAAACUCGAAAGACGAAUGCGCCAGCGUCACUAAUUCGGUGCACUUUCUGGCCGUUCCAACGGCUGUUGUUUAGAAAGUUUCCAUUUUUUAGAACUUAGGUUGAAACGGCUUUCGCUAAGCUUAGUUAGAUUUAUAAAAAAGUAUUCUAGAAGAAUGAGCCCCGCAUCGGUUGGGAGAUAAAUGCUUGAAAUAGUUCACUGCUUGGCCACCGUUUCUUAAAAAAGGAAUACAGUCCUUCAUCACAUAGAAUUAACUACCACAAACUUUCUUCCUCGAAGAUAUAAAUGACUAAAUCUUAGAAAACAAAUCACUGGAGAACUUUCUUCAGAAUCUUUAAAAUGCUUAAUGAUAAAUGUGUAUUCCCCUUCUUAUAUAGUUACACAACUAUAGAAUUCACUGUAAAUAAGAGAUGCAACCAAUUCAUUAAUUUUACAACAGUUUCUGCUUAAAGGUUCUAAUAAAUCGAUAAA